AUGAAUCCUGCGGUUCGAGCUAUUGUUCGCAUGGGAAUAUAUCUUGGUUGCAAAGUUUACUUCAUACACGAGGGCUACCAAGGCCUAGUAGAUGGAGGCAACAGUAUUCGUCAAGCAACUUGGUCAUCUGUAUCAGGAAUUCUAGAUGAUGGUGGUACGAUUAUUGGUAGUGCACGUUGUAAAGAUUUUCGUGAAAGACCUGGCCGUUUACGUGCGGCAAAGAAUCUUAUCGAUCAUGGUAUUAACAAUAUCGUUUGUAUUGGCGGUGAUGGUUCAUUGACUGGAGCAAAUCUGUUUCGCAAGGAGUGGGAUAGUCUUUUGAAAGAGCUUGUUGAUACACAACAAAUAACGCAAGAAAAUGCGGAAAAAUACAAAUCAUUGAAUAUUGUUGGCUUGGUUGGGUCGAUUGAUAAUGAUUUCUGUGGUACGGAUAUGACAAUUGGAGCUGAUUCAGCUUUACAUCGUGUUAUGGAAGCAAUUGAUUGUAUUACAACUACAGCAUCGAGCCACCAACGUUGUUUCGUCAUGGAAGUUAUGGGUCGCCAUUGUGGCUACUUAGCAUUAGUUACUGCUCUAGGAUCUGAUGCUGAUUGGGUAUUUAUUCCUGAGUCGCCUCCUGGACCAGAAUGGGAAGAUCAAUUAUGCAACAAGCUGAAAAAUACACGCGAAAUGGGUCAACGUUUGAAUAUUAUUGUUCUUGCCGAAGGUGCCAUUGAUUCCGAAGGUCGACCGAUAACCAGUGAAGGUGUUCGAAAUCUUAUUUCUACACGGUUGAAAUAUGAUACUCGUGUGACUAUUCUUGGUCACGUACAACGUGGUGGAUGUCCAUCGGCAUUCGAUCGUCUUCUCGGUACUCGAAUGGGUACAGAAGCUGUUCUUGCAUUGAUGGAAGCAACUCCAACUUCACAGCCUGUUGUAAUCGCCAUUACUGGUAAUCAAACUGUUCGUGUGCCACUAAUGCAAUGUGUGGAAAAGACACUGGCUGUUGCUCAAGCCAUGAACACGAAACGAUUUAAAGACGCUCAAGAUUUACGCGGUCAGAGUUUUCGAGGCAAUCUUGAAACAUAUAUUCGACUCAGCAAAUUACGACCAAAACUAUUUUCUACAAAACAACACUCUUUCAAUUUGGCUGUGGUUCAUGUUGGUUCACCUGCUUGUGGUGUGAACGCUGCUGUUCGAUCAAUUAUUCGCUAUGGUUUAUGCGAAGGACAUAACAUGUUUGCGAUAUUUGACGGUCUUGAAGGUUUAAUUAAUAAUCAAGUUAAAAGUUUAAAUUGGAUGUCUGUCAAUGGCUGGAGUAGUGUUGGUGGAUCGCUGCUUGGCUGUCAAAAGACUCUCGCAGCAAAAGUUGGUUUGGCUAAGAUAGCCGAGAAGAUACGCGAAUUUAAUUUCCACGCUCUAUUGAUCAUUGGAGGAUAUGAAGCAUACAUGUCAAUCUCGCAAAUGUACGAAGCACGAAAUCAAUAUCCAGCAUUUCAAAUUCCACUCAUAUGUAUCCCAGCGACUAUAGCAAAUAACGUUCCGGGCACAGAAUUUAGUAUUGGUGCUGAUACAGCACUAAACGAAAUCGUCAAAAUAUGCGACAAAAUCAAACAAUCGGCACAAGGUUCUAAACGACGAAUAUUCGUCAUUGAAACAAUGGGUGGCUAUUGUGGCUAUUUAGCAACUAUGGCCGGACUUGCCAGUGGAGCUGAUCAAGCAUAUAUCUAUGAAGAACCAUUUACAGUCAAAGAUUUAAUUGAGGACGUCGAUCAUCUACGUAGGAAAAUGGAAGGCCAUUUGAAACGUGGUCUUCUACUUCGAAAUGAAAGAGCUAAUGAACACUAUACAACAGAAUUUAUUACAAAAUUAUUACAAGAAGAAGGUAAAGGUAUAUUCAGUGCUCGAUGUAAUGUUCUUGGACAUAUGCAACAAGGCGGAUUACCUUCACCGUUCGAUCGAGCAUUCGCUACCAAAUUGGGCUGUAAAGCCGUUACAUAUGCGGUAUCACUUAUUGAAAAAUCGGCGACACAAGAUGGAAAAGUGUUUUGCAAAACACCCGAAAGUGCUGUUGUUUUAGGCUUAAUUAAACGCCAGAAUGAGUUUACACCAGUGGAAGCUUUGAAAUUGAAAACUGAUACUGAACAUCGAAUGCCAUUGGAACAAUGGUGGUUAAAACUUCGCCCGUUACUCCGUAUAUUAGCCAAACAUGAAACUGUUUAUAUUACCGACUUAGGUGAAGCAGGUGUCGACGAAAUCGAUCAAAUACAAUAG